GCAUUUCUCUAUUUCAGAAGCAGAAAUGAUACCGGAUUGCAGUCAAAAAGCGUGAGGGCUCGCCUGCACUGCUUCUUCCUCACGAUGAACAACUCCUACGUGAACCACACUGGCGUUGGACCACUGCCCUUUUGGGAUGACUUCACAACUUACGGCAACCAACAGGAUUACCUUAACCCUUUUUUGAACCAAUCCGAAGAAAGAAAUUUGCCUCCGUCCACUCUGGGCUUGGCGACAGGCGCCUUCUUCAUUCUCACCUGCGGAACUGGAAAGCCACUGAUCAAAUCAAAAUGGAUCGUUUGGACGCUCGUGCUUCUAAGCGUGCUUAUUCUGGCGGUGCCCAUAAUCAGCACUCUGCUGCUGUACAAAAUGCUGGUCAACUUCUGCCUCCGAGGUAGAAUCCUCAAAGGCACCGACGCCGUCUGGGCCGUGAACUCCAACGACACCACAUCGCUCUCCGUCAUCAAUGUCUUGGCCAUUAUCUCGGGAGAUCUCAGCCUUCAGCAGCUGAAGAAUGCAGUCAGCGAGAAACUCUUGCCCUCCCAUUCAAAACUGAAACAAUUGCGGAAAUAUUCUCCGUUUGGCUACUUUUUCUGGAAGGGCCAGCAGAAUUUCAAUUUGGAUGAAUACAUUAAAACCGUCGGCUGCGAGUUCGAUGACGAGGCGUCGAGCGAAGAGGAGUUGAGGGAGGCUCUGUCGAGCCUGAGCAACGCACAACUUCCACACAACCACCUGGCCGGCUGGGAAAUCCUGCUCGGCCCGAAGCUGAUGUACGGUGGGAAGACGCACAGGGCAAUAGUUUUCCGUAUCCACCACUCCAUGGGCGACGGGCCGGCCCUCUUCCGCGCUCUCCUCUCCAACUUGGCGUCUAGUGACAAUCUUGAAGUACUCACCCCGAAUCCAGAGGCCAUAAAAAGGAUGGUUGACAGAAUCCAGUCUCGACACAAGAAUAGCUUUUUGGACAACGUCGUCGCUGUAGGAAGAUCUCUGAAAGGACAGUUGCUGAUGCCUUCGGACGAAAAUAAGCUUCAUGGGCCAAAGCUUUCAGGCCAGAAACAGGUUGCCUGGUGCAGUUCUACGCAAUUGAUGGAAGCAGCCAAGUCAAUCCACACUGCAACAGGCGUGUCUUUCAGUGCAGGUCUGCUAGCCUCCUUUUUGGCUGCCGUUUCAAAAUUUGGUGAUAAUUCGGACAAGUUGAAGUCCUGCACCAUCGUCCUCCCGGUCAGGAUUCCAAGUAAAAAUUUCAACUCGAGUGCCGUACCUGAGAUGACCAACUCGUUCUCACUGACCUUGGUGAGCAACAAAAUUCCGGCGAUGGAUGAGGCCAACGUCCUGGCUCAGAUCCGCGCCGCUGACGAGGCCUUGAAAGAAGCCACCCAGCCGGCCGUGGUCGUGGCCAACAGUUUCAUCAUCAAACUAGUCGGGGACGUGUGUCCGCGCCCUCUGGCUGCCCUGGCUUUGGACAGCCGACAGUGCACGGCCGCCCUGAGCAACAUGCCAGGGCCUCGUGAGAAAAUCUCCAUGUUCGGAUCGCCGCUUGAAAAACUCGUAUUCUGGGUGCCAAACAAAGGAUCCACAGGAGUUGGUGCUAGUAUUCUGAGCUACGCUGGAGAACUGAGUCUUGGUCUAAUCAUCGACAAUGCUCUCUUGGACCGGCCCGAGGCCGCACAAAAGCUGGUUCUACUCUGGAAAGAGCAGCUUCUGUAUAUGGCCGACGUGGUGGAAAAUGAGCUUUGCUAAAUUUGUUGGUACGAGAACUCCCUUUUUCUACAAUAAAACUUUGCUUGAUAUAUUUGUCAGAUGAUUGUUUAAAGAAAACAAAUUUGAUUUAAUGUAGGUUUUAAUUUAAUGUGUUGAUAAAUGCUCAUAUACACUCAAUUUGUCAUGCAUACAUUUUUUUAGAUUUUUAAAUGCAUCAUGUAAUCAACUCGUAAGUUUUACAUACUCUGUUAUUUUAACUACCAACAGUUGUAAUGCGUGUGUGUGACAAAUUGGACUCGUCUGCUUUUUUACACAGUUCACGAACAAAUCAAACAGUUUAUUUUAAUAGUGUUCUCUUUUGUUAUCUGAAUGAGUAUUUUAUACAUCAGGCUUUUCCUAUAGAUAUACAAAUGUCACCCUUUUUAAGAAGAAAAUAAAUCUGUUCACACGAAUCAUGGCAAA